UGGAAAACGGGUCAAGGAACAAGAGGAAAGAAAACAAACACAAACAAAAACCGAUACUGCAACAAAUAGUAGCACAAAAAAAAAAAAAAAAAACUGGAGUCAGCAGCAGGUCUUGGUUUCUUUCUUUCUUGCCUAGAUAAAUAGGAAGAGAGGGAAUGGCGGUUGCCGGGUUACACGUGGGCUUCAUGUCCUCGUCGUGCAUUUCUUUUGCUGACACUGGUAUUCUUCCUAGAAAAUCUUCUCCAUUCACCAGAUUCCAGAGACCUCUUGUGAUGGCGUGCUUGGGGAAUGAUCCUAUAACUGAGUGGAUUUUAUCAGAAGGAAAGGCAACCCAAAUUACACGAAUUAGUCCUGUUGGUGGUGGUUGCAUUAAUAAUGCUAAUCGUUAUGACACAGAUGCAGGUCCCUUUUUUGUCAAAAGUAACAGGUUAGCUUCUGCAAUUUUUUGGGUGAUCCCAAAGGGAUGAUAAUUAAUCUCCCAGGUUGUUGAUUUAUUUUUUUUUCAACCUUAUAUAUUCUUCUGCUAAGUUUUCUUUGUGAAUCUUGCGUGUUGUUAAUUAAGAAAAAUCUUGCUCAUGGUGAGUAAUUGAUCAGUGCUAAAUCGUUUUGGAAAAACUUCUUGUUUCAGGAGCAUUGGACCAUCCAUGUUCGAGGGAGAGGUUCUGGGCUUGAAUGCUAUGUAUGAAACUCACACAAUUCGUGUACCUAAGCCAUACAAGUUUGGAGCAUUACCAACCGGAGGCUCAUAUAUCAUCAUGGAAUUUAUUGAAUUUGGGGCUUCAAGAAGCAAUCAAUCUGAAUUAGGAAGGAAGCUUGCUGAAAUGCAUAAAGCAGCCAAGUCCGAGAAGGGGUUUGGUUUUCAUGUUGAUAAUACCAUAGGCAGUACUCCACAGAUAAAUACUUGGACUUCUGAUUGGGUAGAGUUCUAUGCUGAGCAUAGACUUGGUUACCAACUGAAGUUGAUAAGACAGCAGUAUGGUGAUUCAACAAUUCAUGAAAGAGGUCAAAGGCUUGCAAAAAAUAUCGGUCCUCUGUUUGAGGGUGUUGCAAUAGAGCCUUGCUUGUUGCACGGUGACUUAUGGAGUGGGAAUAUCACAUCAGACAAAAAUGGUGAACCGGUCAUUCUUGACCCUGCUUGUUAUUAUGGACAUAAUGAAGCCGAAUUCGGAAUGUCAUGGUGUGCUGGAUUUGGAGGAUCGUUCUAUAAUGCUUAUUUUGAGGUGAUGCCAAAACAACCAGGUUUUGAAAAAAGGAGAGACCUGUACCUGCUGUAUCAUUACCUGAACCACUACAACUUGUUCGGCUCAAGUUAUCGAUCAUCUGCUCUGUCCAUUAUAGAUGACUAUCUGCGGAUGUUAAAAGUUUAAAACUGAACUCUUGUCAGUCUCUACAUUGUAUUUCCCAUAUCAUGCUUACUACUUCUGUAAAUUCUCCGGAUGUAAGUCAGUCUGUAAAUCACCAUUUACUCUCGACACAAACAAACCAGAAUUGCAUCAAUGCAAAGUUCUAAUCUUGUUUAUGCAAUCCAUUUCAUUAGUGAAGUACAAC